AUGUCUGAUUCUAUCUCAACUCCGUUUCCUAUCGACAACAUUCCCUUUGGGGUGAUUUCGACGGCCGACAACCCCGCCCCAAGAUGUGCAACAGCACUUGAUCACGAUGUCAUUGAUCUGAGCGCUUUGGAAUGCGAUGGGUUGUUUGGAUCUAUCCAAGGCUUUGGCGAGAAGUCAAUUUUCUCCAAGCCUUACUUGAACGAUUUUGCAUCUCUUCCCAUUGAAAGCCGUCGACAAGCACGUCAAAUCCUGCGUGACAGCUUGCCUCGUCUCCGAGAAGAUAAAGCCAGGGCGAAUCAAUACUUCAUUCCGCUGGGUCUUGUUCAAAAUCACUACCCGAUGCAGACGUCCAACUUCUCUGACUUCUACUGCUCGCUAGAGCACGCCCAGAAUUGCUCUGCAAUCUUCGGUCUUUCCGAGUCACCCAACUGGCGCGUCAUUCCGACCGUCUACAAUGGCCGCACAUCUAGCCUAAACGUAGGCCCUGCUUUGACUCGUCCGCACGGUGUUUUCAAAGAUGAAGCUGGGAAAUAUGCGUUCAUGCCAACCAGAAAGCUGGACAUGGAACUUGAAAUGGGCGUUUUCAUUUCCAAACCUCUGAAUACUGGCCAGAUUCUCAAUAUUAAGGACGUCAAAGAUCAUAUCUUUGGGUUCGUGAUUCUGAAUGAUUGGUCCGCUCGAGAUAUUCAAGCGUUUGAGAUGGCUCCUCUCGGUCCGUUUCACAGUAAGGGAUUUGGGACUUCCAUCUCACCGUGGAUCGUCACUAUGGACGCACUUGACUCGGUGCGGAGUGCUGUUAAGGUUCAACAAGAGCCCGCGCCAAUGCCUCAUCUUACUUGGCAAGGAGAUAGUGGAGGUGCUACCUUCAAUGUUAGUCUCUCCGCUCGGGUGAUAAGAAAUGGGAAAUCCUAUGAUCUUACGGACACGAACCUUAAUGAGCUAUAUUGGACCCCGUAUCAACAGCUGACACACCUAGCAAGUGCCGGUGAGGGUUUAAAGACAGGUGAUAUAUUUGGAACGGGAACUAUUUCUAGUGCUCGCACAGAUGAGAACGGAGAAAAAAGGGGCCUAGCGUGCCUUCUGGAGCGCUCGCUCCCGCAUACCACUAUAUCGACUUUGAAACAAGAUGGGAUCGAGUGGUUCGAGGAUGGCGAUGAGGUUAUCAUGGAAGGCUGGUGCGUGAGUGGGCCAACCGGGUCCAAGUUUGGAUUUGGGCAAUGUCGGGCGACCAUCGCUCCAGCCGUCAAUCUGGGUAUCUAA